AUGUGCGGCGGAUCUCGAAACGGUGAAACGGCUGGCCGACAAGAGGACGAGAUGGGAGCGGGGGCGUCGUUCGAAGUGUUUGCGCCGGGGGAGCUUGAAGGCGAAAUGCACGCCAUGGACGCCGCCACGUCGUCGUCGAGUUCGUGGGAGAUGUUCAAGGCCGGCUACGACACAAUCGUACACACGAUCAUUCGACCGCCGCGACAUGAGUACUCGGAGAGCGUCGCAUUAGGCCCUUCACGCUUUGACGCAGACGACGGGACAAAAGUAUCACGUUUCGAUCUGACGAUCUUGACGGCGCAGAAUGAAGCAUUGCGCUGCAGCGUGUGGGACUGUGACACGGGCCGGAAUUCGUGCGUGUUGUACUUGCAUGGCAUCAGCGGGUCGAGAGUCGAAGGGCUUGCGCUCCUGGGGCCAGUGCUGCGUAUGGGCCAUGCGUUUGCCGCCAUGGACUGCCGCGGAUCGGGUCUGUCGGACGGGAAAUACAUUUCGAUGGGGCUUACAGAGCACGAAGACGCGUGGGUCAUGCUCAAGGCUCUGCACAAAUUCCGGUGUGGCCAAUUUCAGUCGGUGCACAUUUGGGGGCGGUGCAUGGGGGCGAAUGCUGCGUUGAUGUUGUUGCAGGGUGGUUCGAUUCAAACGAUUUCGGCGUCGGUGCCGCUCAAGUCGGUCGACUUGGGCGUCCAAGAGCUGUGUGGAGAUGACCUCAUGGUGGUCACGUCGUCACAAACGAGUGCCUAUGCGGACGUGGCCGUUGGGGACAUGCUCGUGGCUGUCGAUGGUCGCGACGUGCGGGGAAAGACCAGUGGGCACGUCUUGUCUCUGCUGGCCGAAGCGUCGCCCGACACGAGAGUUACGUUGUGCGGGCUUCGCCGCGGCCGACCGAUUCCGCCAUCCACCAGUCGUGGAACCGGCCCGACGUCGUUCAUUCCAUGGAUGGUGCUGGACACAGCAUUCAUCGACUUGAGUACCGUCCUGCACGACAUGGUGACAACAGCACAGUCGUCCGAUAUUGGGUGGCAAAUUCCGUCCUUCGUCGUGUCGGCGGGCAUCGCGCUGCUUCGGUCGACCAUAAAACGAACGGCUGGCUUUGACUUGCAUGCCGUCGCCCCGCGGGAGUGCAUUUCCAAGGCGAUCGUACCUUCCGUGUUUGUGCAUGGCAUGCAGGACUCGUUUGUGCCCCUUCGCCACAGCGAGUCGAUCUUGAAAGCAUACAAUGGAGACAGCAAGACGACACUAGUGUCGUUUCCAGGCACGCAUGAUUCGUUGCGAUCGCGGGACUUGAUCGAAUCUGUCUUGACGAAAGCGCACAUCCUCAGCCACACGACGUCCUCCGGGCCGCCUACAGACGACGAGCUAGCGAUUCGCCGGCAGUUGUUUCCAUCAACGGCAGUGUAUCCCACGUGGUCCACGCCAUCUCAGUCCACAUGGAAAGACCAGGAUGCAUCGUUAAUGGAGACGCCACGCGCUGACGACGCGUCCAUUGCGCCAUACACGGCGUAUGCCACGUCGUAUCGUGAGGCGUCAGCGUCGACAGGUGGCGGGACCCACGUCGAGUACACCAUCAGCGUGUUUGCCCCGGGGCAUCGCUUCGUCCAGCUAUCUCCGAGUGCGCUCAAUGUGUUUGGGGCCAAAGAGAAGCUGUCGGAAGGUCGCACAACCCAGGACACGACUUCGCCUGACGACCACGAGAUCAAGUCGCUGUGGAAGACAUUCACGUCGCAGGCAAAGCGAGCGACAGGUGCAUCCUCGUCGUCUCCACAUCGCCGGAAGUCUUGGUUUGGACCGUCGUGGCGGCAAAAAGGCGGGGUGACCGCCGAACGCAAACAUGAACCCACUGAAUGGAGCGACUUGGGAAAUGCAAAGGAGGGCAGUGUCGACGACGAUGCCAAAGACAACGAUGAAUCCGAUGCGUCGCAGCACCAGGAGGAGUGCACGACGGGAGAAAACGUUUCCGGAGUGGGUGGUGGAGACGACGCUGGCGUCCGUGGGGCAACUUUUCAAGUAGACCGGCGCUACCACGACAUCAAGCUGUUGUUGACGAAGCUGAGCGCCCUUCCUGGAGGCCUCCCCAACGAGCUCCAGACCAUCCGAUCGAAGCUGGUGUACUCGACAAAGAUUGGCUCGGCUCGGUUGGACGAGCGCAUCCAGCUACUGAAUGCGACGCUGCAAGUGAUCUGCUCGUCGGCUGUGCUGUGGAACCACCCUAUCGUGCACCAGUUUUUGUGUCUCGACGACGCGUCGACGACUUAA